GUGUGUGGAUGUAGUCCCCCACCAUAAGAGGAAGAAGAAGAAGAACAGGAACAGCACUACUCUCUCUCUCUCUCUGCUGCAUCUCACCAACCUCAACUCAACUAUCAUCAUCUGACACAGACACUUCACUUUCACUGCAUCUUUCUUUCCAUAUACUCUCCAACCCCAAUUUCACAACACACAAACAACCUUUCUUUUUCCUUCUUCUUUCUUCCAAGGUUGUCUUUUUUGUUUGUCUUUGUCUCCAAAACCAUAUUCUCAGUUAUUCUGUAUACCCUUUUGGGAAGUGUGUUCUUUUACUAUGGAAAUGGAAGAUUUUGACCCAAUGAGAAUUAAUGAUGGUUUUCAAGGUGUAAUUGGAAGUGGGUAUGCUUCAUCUUCUUCUCUUGUUUUGGAUAGGGAAAGGGGAGAACUUGUGGAAGCAUCUGUUAAAUUGGAACGCAAAGGUGUUUCACCUGAGAGAAGUAUUGAAGCUUUGAAGAAUCAUAGUGAAGCAGAGAGGAGGAGGAGAGCUAGAAUCAAUGCACAUCUUGAUACACUUCGUACUGUUAUUCCAGGUGCUAAUAAGUUGGACAAGGCAUCCUUACUAGCUGAGGUCAUCACACAUUUGAAAGAGCUGAAAAUAAAUGCAGCAGAAGCAAGUGAAGGAUUAAUGAUACCAAAAGACAAUGAUGAGAUAAGAGUUGAAGAACAAGAAAGUGGAUUGAAUGGUUUCCCUUAUUCAAUUAGAGCAUCGCUAUGUUGUGAAUACAAACCAGGUUUAUUAUCUGAUAUAAGACAAGCACUUGAUGCACUUCAUCUUAUGAUAAUAAGAGCAGAGAUUGCAACUUUGGGUGGAAGAAUGAAGAAUGUGUUUGUAAUAAUUAGCUGCAAAGAACAGAACUUUGAAGACGUCGAGUAUCGUCGGUUUCUUGCCGGAUCGGUUCACCAAGCUCUUAAAUCUGUACUUGAUAGAUUUUCUGUUUCACAAGAUAUCUUAGAAAACAGAAAGAGAAGGAGGAUUUCUAUAUUUAGUUCUUCAUCUUUAGGAGAUUUCUUAUAAAUUUUUUUUUUUUUAUUCAAAUGAUAUGGAAAUUGAAGUAGAUAUAAUGGAAUGAUUCCCUUUUAGUUUUCUAAUAUGGAUUUGUAUAUUGUGAAGAUGUAACAUGUGAAUUUGGGAACUUUCAUAGAUAGCUAGGUUGAUAAAUAAUAUCAGCAUCUUUCAAUCUUCUUUUGACCAAACACUCAGUGAUCUCAUUAUAUGAUAUUGUACUUUGAAGAAGAAA